AUGCCUACUAGAGAUCUUAUCAUGUGGACUAUUAUGAUUCGUGCGUAUUCCGAGGGCGGUAACGCUUAUGAGUCGUUGGGUCUGUUUGAUUUAAUGAUGGAAAAUGGUGUACCUCUUGAUAAGUUCGCUGUGGUUACGGUCGUUUCUGCCUGUGCAAAGUUGGGGGCCAUGAAUAAGGCCAGGCUUGUGCGUGAUUAUGUACGCGGGAAAAAGUUUCCAUUGGAUGUGGUUUUGGGGACGGCCAUGAUUGAUAUGUAUUCAAAGUGCGGGUGUAUUGAUUAUGCAAGGGAUGUGUUUGUUGAAAUGAGAGAAAAGAAUGUUGUUUCUUGGAGUACCAUGAUUGCAGCUUGUGGUUACCAUGGGCGUGGUAGGGAAGCAAUUGAUGAAUUUUAUAUGAUGUUGAGGAGUAGGACAUUGCCAAAUGCAAUAACCUUUGUUUCGUUGUUGUUUGCUUGUAGUCAUGCGGGUUUGAUUGAAGAAGGUCUUCGGUUUUUCUCAUCGAUGUGGGAGGAGUAA